CAAAACUACAACACUGAAUCUUGAUGUUUUCUUACUCGUUCGCUCCUAGUCAGUGUAUUGGAUAAAUCUCUUUCGAUUGCGUUCGGGAGUAUCUCGCAGUAACAAAUGUGGAUAUGAACUAUGCUUAGCUUCUAUGAAUUAAAAAACUUAUUUCAAUCAGUUAUUAUAUGAUUAUAAUUAUUAUGAAUAAUGGAAUGUACCCAUUUGUUAGAUAACGUCAAGUUGGAUAGCGAUCUUUUCGGUGAGGAUAUUACGAUCACAAAGAAUUUCAACUGUUCAGAAUGUCAUAUCAAGGAACAGAAUUGGCUUUGCCUGCAAUGCGGGAUCGUCAACUGUGGCCGGUACGCCAACGGACACGCAAAACUACACGCAGAAUCAUCUGACCACCAGUUGUGCAUGAGCUGCGACGUAUUUUCCGUUUACUGUUACAAAUGUGAUGACUAUGUUUCAAAUGAUGUAGAACAUCUAACAAUAGACAAAAUAAGGCAGCAUAUAAUGCAAGCAACGGAUGGUAAUGUUAAUGAAAAUGACAAGGAAAUAACAAAAGAUUGUGCGGGGCAAGAUAGUCAUCUACAAGAGGAUACAAGUGAAAAGUCAUUGUCACCUAUUGCUGAAGAAAACUCUAAUCCAGAAAUCCAGCUGGUUACAUGUGAGAUAACAACUGAACCAAGUGCCUCGGAAAAUGUUCAGAGCAAAAAAUCAAUUAAGAAUGCGGAAGAACCAGUUAGAAGUUUGCGACCAAGGUCUCGUAAAAGAUCUCACUCUGAGGAUAGUUUUGCUGAAAAUUCAUCCGUACCAACGAAAAGCAGACAGAAAGGUUUACCGUUAAAUGGGAAGAGUCAGAAGGAUAAAAAAAUUGUAGGUUUAAAAAAUUUAGGCAACACAUGCUUCAUGAAUGCUGUGCUGCAAAGUCUUAAUAAUAUACAAGAAUUUAGUUACUACUUCAGUCAACUGCCUUCCUUGGAAAUGAAGACCAAUGGACGGAAAGUGUAUCACUCGAGGAGUUACACAAGACAGGAGAUGCACGAUGUUGUUAUGGCAGAGGAACUCAGGAAGGUGUUAAUAAACCUCAACACGGGAGGCUGUGGUUCCAAAGCUGCUAUAUCUCCUGAAUGUCUGUUCCUGGUGAUAUGGAAGGUAGUUCCGCGGUUCCGUGGCUACCAGCAACAAGACGCACACGAAUUCCUUCGCUACAUGCUUGACAGACUGCACACAGAACUCCAGCAGUUGGUGCCCGAUCGUCCUGAAGGUGUUAAGGCACCGGCAUCUAUUGUCACCGCUGUGUUCGGUGGAACAUUACAGAGCGAGGUCCGUUGUCUAGCAUGUGGUACUGAGAGUAAGAAGUUUGAUCCAUUCUUGGAUCUGUCCCUGGAGUUACCAGAGAGUGGGCGACAUGACGCGCCUGUCUCACUAACUGACUGCUUGGCCAGUUUUGUACAGAUCGAAGAGCUGGCUGACACAGAGAGAUAUUUCUGUAGCAGCUGUAAAUGCAAACAGAAAUCAACAAAACAGUUCUGGAUCAGACGGUUACCGAACGUACUGUGUCUACAUCUCAAGAGAUUUAGAUGGCACAACUAUUUCAGAACUAAAGUGGACACUUCCAUCUCCUUCCCCCUGUUGUCCCUGGACAUGUCCGGGUUUGUGCUACCCAACGUGCCCGACACCAGGCGCUCCGGCCGCGGCAGUCUGUUGUAUGACCUAGCAGCUGUGAUCGUUCAUCACGGCUCGGGCGCCGGGUCCGGUCACUACACGGCGUUCGCUAUCAACGAGGAGCAAUGGUUCCACUUUAACGAUCAAACUGUCCGUGCGACCGACUCCGCGGCGGUGGCGUCCUGCAAGCCCUACAUACUGUUCUACAUCAGGAGAGAAUUCGCUUCGUGACAGCAGCCAACAACCAUUAUAAACUGAGCCCUGUAUUGUGUAAAACGAAUUUAUUUAUCAUGUGCAUAGUCCUUAUAUCGGCCAGUAUAUUAGUUUUUGGCGUUUGUAUUACGCUGAGUUGCGUUUGAUGCGUUUCUUUAAGACGUGUGACGGAAGGUGACAUCGCUUCAUUAUAAUAUUCAAAAUAUUUUCAAUAUGGAAUCAAAUUAUUAGGUGUAAUUUUUUUUUUAUAUUAACGGCUUCGUCGCCUUGCACAGCUUAAAGAAGAGCAUUCAAUUGGCUUGAAAGUGUUGAGAUUUUUAGGACGUUGGAAUCAUGAAUUAAUUAUCCUUACUGUACGUUGGUAUCGUCAGACUGCAUAGUUAUUUUUUCAUUUAUUAAUCUUCGCUAUACUUAGAUACUCUCCGAAACUGGGUACUAGAUACUCUCCGUGUGUAGUUCUACGAUGUGAACAUAUACUAAGGGUAAACGAGUUAAGUUAACCGUUUUAUUGUCAAGCUUAAUGAAAUUGAAUCACUCGCAUUUUUUUUCAUGUUUUUACCGAAACGAGCUGGUCUCAAAUGUUCCCUUUAACUUUACAAUAUAAAUGUAUUUAAUAAUAAUGUCUGUGGAGUGUAAAUGUCAAAAUCAAAGCAAACGAUUCAUAUAUAACAUUCCUGAUUUACAAACGUAUUGUGAUGCGCGUGUGUAAAUAGUUUGAUAAUUUUCGUGGUCUCCGUUGCAAGUACCUUAAUGAAAUGUUCUAUUACAGGUUUAUUUAAGUACUUCAAUUACUGGAAGUUGAUAGUGAUUGAAUUUAAUAAAUUCGCCAUACAUA